CAAUACAAACUUUUCAAAGAAUUUACUUCCUAGUCCGUUUCUCCUUAGAUCUAGAUCUAGGUCUAACUGUCAAAUGACCAAGUCCUUUUAAUUUAGCAUUUAGUCUAGGAUUCAGUAGGCCUUUUCCUCAGACCUUGGAUACACAAGGAAGUAAUUUAGAUCUAAUUAUCAAUGUCCACAAUGUAGAAUGUAGGUAAAGUCAGUGCUGCCUUCGUGACUCUAAAUUAGUCUAAAUGCUUAUUACAUUAAUAUUAUUAUUCUAGAUCUGGAUCUAGAUUAUCAACUGGAUAACAAGUAAAAAGAUAAUUUAGGCCUACUUAAGAUCUCCUAAAUCUAGAUAAUCUAGACUCUAUAUAUCAGUAAAUAGUAUACAUUGCCAAGACCAAAAUGAAUUCUGCUUCACUUGAAACUGAUCCAUUGUUGUCAAAUAGCAUCAGCAUUCAACCUGAGAACAAAGAGAGUAAAAGAAAGUGUGUUCGAGCCACUAUCUGUCUUAGUGUCAUAGUAGUCAUCUUUUUCCUGUCAUAUAUAGUCACAGUGAUUAUAUACAACCCAUAUCUCUAUGAUAUUAUAGCUAGAGAUUUUCCUAAUUUCAAUGGUACAAGCCAAACACCUUGUCUGGCUAAUAUGAGUGCAGUCAGCUUCAACACAACUGGCAAGAAGAUUCAGGAAGAAAUCUUCAGAAGAGUUGCAACCAUUGAACUCUAUCUCAAUCUGACCAACUACCUUGUGGCUAUCCUUCCCAUCCUUAUCCUUGGUCCACUCACUGACCGGUAUGGGCGUAAAGUUUCAUUUCUCUUUGCACUGUCUGGUACAAUGAUAAAACAGGUGGUCUAUCUUGUGGUCAUUUACAAAGACAUCUCACCCUACUGGCUACUACUUGGACACCUUUGUGAUGGUCUUGGAGGCAGUUUUGGUGGCAUGUUGACCUCAAUAUUUAGUGUCAUCUCCGACAUAAGUGACCCUGGUAAGAAGAGGUCAAUGCAUAUUGCCUUUACAGAGGCUAUUCAGACUAUAUCAGCAUCAGGAGGUCAGAUGCUAAUCGCUCAGUGGAUUAAGGUCAGUUAUACUCAACCCUUGUGGUACGGUUUGGCUUUGGCAGGAUUGUGCCUGUUCUUGAUCAUAUUCUGUCUUCCAGAAACAUCAGAAAAAGUCAGAUUUAUUGUCCCUGCUCAGCUGAACGGUACUUCCUGCUGCAGUUCAGUUUAUCAAGCUAUUUGCUCUUGCUUUCAUAUGGUGAGGAAGAGUGUCACUAUUUACAUGAGAGAUGACACAGGAAGAAAAAGAUUAUCAAAAAGACGUUUAGUCAUAGCCAUUUUUACUUUAACUGUAGCAGUCAACUUUUCUCUGCCUGGAGUUCAGGCUUUGUAUCUGAUGAAGUUUCCUCUGUGUUGGUCUGCUACCAAGGUCAACAUGUUCUAUGGUGGAUCUCUGGUCAGCAAUUGGGUAGCCAUCUUGUGUUUGCUGGCAAUAUUGCAGAGAGUCUUCAACAUGCCUGAUCGAGGAGUGGCCAUUAUAGGUGUUAUUUCCAGUGGAGUGGCCUGUGCUUUUCUUUCCUUGGCCACUAAUGAUGCAAUGGUCUAUGAGGUUGCUGUCUUGAAUAUGUGUACAAGAGUUAUUGUUCCUAUGUUGAGGUCAGUUGUCACUGGUUUAGUGGACCACACAGAACAAGGAGCAGUGUAUGCUGGGAUGGGUUGUAUUGAGACUAUUGCAGCCAGUGUGUUCAGUCUAGCAGCUAACAGAAUUUUCUACGCUACUUUAUCUGUAUGGGCUGGACUGAUCUUUGCAGUUUUCUCUGGCAUUAUGUUUUGUGCCUUGGUAUUACUUAUAAUUUUAAAUGUUCUGAUGUCCAGAGCUACAUCUCUAAGAAGGACAUGCCGCACGGUUAACAGAGAACUUAUAAAUCCAGACUUGGAUUCAGAUCCAUCUUGGUGACCUAACAAAAUCAACUUCUCACUUUGUAUUUGGAUACAUUUGCAAUCAACAUCUUAAUACAAUCUUUCCUUAAAUUCUGUCAGCAGACUAAAAUGUUGAUAAACUGAGACAUGUCUGUUGUUUUUAAUAUUUGGCAAAAUCUGGCUGUGAAAAAGAUUGUAAAUAAAAUGUUGAAAAAUCCAGUCUAUUGAGCUACAUUUUGUACCUAUUGAAUCUCACAAAAUCUACCAAACUUGCCUUUCAUCAAAGAAUGCUUUUCAAUUUUUAAACUUGUUAAUAUUGUUAAUUAGAUAAUGAAUUUUUUAUUUUCUUUACUCAAUUGCCACUUUUGUUAAGUAGAGCUUGUAUGUACACUGAAGUGAUUUUUAGACAUUGUUAACAUGUUUAACCUUUGUAUUCCAUUAUUUUGAAAUACUUGGGCAAUGAUUUCAUACCCGGUAAUCAAUAUUGAAUUGUCUAGUCACGUCUUUGUUCUUUCUUCAUGUUGAGUUUUUGUCUUCUUUUGGUUGGCAUUGGUUUUUCCUUUAUGUCGCAACAAUCUGUUUACUGAUCUAUGUUCAUAUUGUUAUGAUCCUACAUAGCACGCUGUCAUUAGAUGCGAGACUGUGCACCAUGAAACACAGGACAGAGACACGCUUAAAGAUAGAGGAAGUCAAAGAUGUCCAAUAUUUAGGAUGUAAACAAGAAAGAAGUGUUGCAAUUACUGAGUACUCUAGUUGAAUAUUUGUUAUCACACUAUUGUUCUUAUAUUAUUAAACUAGUGUUUUAUAUUCUUCUUCCAUUGAGGUUCUUUGAGCUCGCUGUUGGCUAAGUUGCAGCGAUAUGAUUAAGUUCCAAUAAUAGAUGAUAAUGACCUUACAGAUGUUACACAGCUCAUGAUAUCAAACAACUGAAUCUUGUAAUUCCAUACAUAAUGGCCCUUAGUCUUUUUGUUGUCUAUUACAAUUUCUCACUAUGCCUUGUACAAUAGAGUAAUAACUGUUCAAAUAAUCACUUUAUGGCCAUUGAAUAAGAACUAUGAUAAAAAACUAGCUACCAUUUAUCAUUGGCUAAAAUCCAUUAUGAGGUGGCCGCACUUUGUUUAAAAUGCAUCUUCAAUGGUGAAAUGCCCUUGUAUCUUAGGGUACUUAUCACUCCAUAUGUCAUCAAAUGCCCAUUGAUUCAGCUCUCCUUAACGAGUCCUAGUUGUGAUCUGAUCCCUCAUGUCCUUUGGAGAUCCAUGUGCUCCAUUGAGUCAACUCUUCCAGUUGUGAUCUGAUUCUUCAAUGUGUCCUUAUGAGAUCCCUUGGCUCCAUUGAGUCAACUCUCCUAUUUGUGAUCUGAUUACUGCAUGUGUCCCUUGGAGAUCCCUGGGUUUCAUUGAGUCAACUCUCCUAAAUGUGAUCUGAUCACUGCAUGUGUCCCUUGGAGAUCCCUGGGUUUCAUUGAGUCAACUCUCCUGUG